GAAAUGAUCUCGGAGAAGAAGGAUGAGCACCGUCGCAUGGACCACCCCCUCAUGGGCACGCUGUACGCUACCUUCGGCACGAAGGCGACCUACUACCAGUUCCAGAACGAGAUCACUGGCAAGAGGCAGCUGUUCGUGAACAUUUCGGACACCCAGUCGGCCGACCACGCGACGAUGUGCAUCAACCUGGUUCAGCAGAGCUGCAGGCUUUCACUCGACAAGGCUGCAACCUUGCAGCUGCGCGCCAAGCUGUUGGAGGAAUCGACCGAGUGA